AUGGAAGGCAGUACAGUUCACACUACACAAAGUACUUCUGAAGAAAGUGUAAAAACUGCCGGUUCUGCUUCUUCUUUAUUUAGCGAUUCUAUACAGAGUCCUUUUGAUUCUUUAUUUUCACCCACAAAUGAUUCCAACCCUACAGCUGAUUUAAAUAUAACAGAAUCACAUCCUACAAUUCAAACCAACGAAACGGCAACCUCUUUUUUCGACAACUAUAAUGCAAAUGGACCCACAACUACUACAACAAAAGCGUUAACAGAUUACUCGUAUCAUGAUUUUCCACAGAAUCAUUCAACAACGCUGCAGCAUGAAGCGACCAACGGGACCGUUACAAACACAGAGGUAACACAACAGUAUGAUGUGGCAGGCUCGAAUUUGUAUUACGGCGAGCAAUAUUCUUCCACGCAAGCUACUGGAAGUACUGAAAUAGCAGCAGAUCCCAAAACAAACAUUACACAGUAUUACGACUAUACAGGACAUGGCUAUGAUGGCAGUGGCCAAGAUUAUUCACAAUAUUAUUACUCACAACAGUAUCAUUAUGAUCCUAGUCAGCAAUAUGAUUCUUCAACAUACGACUCAUCUUCAGGUUAUUAUUACAACCAGAAUUACGACCCGAAUUACGAACCUAAUCAAGCUUAUGCCCCUAAUGACGCAACACACGACCCUAAUCAAACCUAUAUUUAUAAUGACGCAGCGGACCCUAAUCAAACUUAUGCUUCUGAUGGCGCAGCAUAUGGACCUAAUCAGGGUUAUGACUAUUCGCAGUAUUAUAAUGAAUCUAAUGAAGCUAAUGAUUUAAAUUCUGCAAAAGUUGAUAAUGAUAUUGCCGCAGUUACAUCUGUGGAAACUAUAGAAACGAAUCAAGAGCAUAAACAACCUUCAGUAGCAUCUAAUGAGGGCGAGAUGAAUAACUUGGAAGAAGAACAAGAAGUAAAUAUAGUUCACCGAAAUAACGACGAUAUAUUUGAGUAUCAACCACAAGAUUUAGAAGGUCCUCAAAAAGCAGAACUAUCUCAAGUAGACCAACCUACAUCCCAGAUAGCAAAUAAUUCACAAAUUUCGUCGGAAUUGGAUGUUUCUAGAGAAUCGGAGGAAGUUACUGACUUAACAAACAAAGAUACAGGUAAAUUGGAUGAUUUGGAUGAUUUGGUCUUAGGACAUACAACGUUAGGGACUUCUGAGACACAUAUAUCAUCAAGUACACGUGAAGUAUCUACUGUUGAGCCGGAAACCAAUCAAGCUAAGAAUGAUCCUGCUUUGACUUAUUAUUAUGGUUCUACUGAGCAAGAUUCAUAUAAUUACGAAUAUGAAAAAUGGAGCACAAACGACUCAAUUCAACAAUAUCAAACUUAUGGUACUUCUCAAGUUGCGUCCGACGUCGAGGAUGUAAAUAACCAGUAUACCCAAUAUCCUGCAGUUGAUACCCUGACUGAAACAAAUGAAUCAAACAAUCAUUAUCAAGGUUAUUUAGCUGAGACAUAUACGCAAUAUGACAAUAAUACUGUUGGAAAUAAUACCAAUAACUUUAACUACCCGUAUACUGGUCAACCGACAAUUGAUGGGAUAUCUGGAAUUCAUCAAUCUACUCAUCAGUAUUCAAACUAUAAUUCAAAUCAACCCGCAGUUGUUAAUACGCCUCCACCACAAUCUUAUUCACCAUUUUCAGCGAAAGUCGUUCAAUUUGUACCUUGUUUAUACCCACAAUGUACGGGAGAAAAUAAACCCAAUGCCAAGUUUUGUUCGGAAUGUGGACGAAUCAUCAAUGAGUCCUCGUCCUCGCCCUCGCCUAUAGUUGAUACGCCAAAUUUAUAUCAAAAUUCAGCAGUCCAACAGCAGUUUGGGACUGAUAACACGAACAUUGUUAAUGAUCCUUUAGGAAGGUCUAAAGGGUGUCCUAUUGUCACUUUUGGUUUUGGAGGCAAAGUGUUCACCAUGUUCCCUCGCACGGUCCAACGUUUUACUAGUACGGACCAAAGCAUACCAAUUACAAAAUAUGCUCCAGGUGCUUUUAUAAUUCGCACUUUAAAGGAUAUAAUUCCAUCGUCAGAUAUCGAAGAUUUCCCUGGUCCUCUUCUUAUGGAUAAUAAUCGAGGAGGUAUAAAAGCAAAAAGAAAACAUGUAAUAAAAUAUUUGGAUGAUCAAAUAAAGACUGCAGAAGAUGUACUGAACUCUUUUGUCGGCGAAGAAGUUGAAAAAAAGAAAUUGGAAGCUAAUACUAUUAUUUGGCACUUGCUUAAAAUCAUGUUUGAACAUGAUGGUGUUCUUACUGGAAGUCCAAAAGUUGAAGAGGCUGUACGUCAUGUUUUGGCACCAUCUACUACUAAAACGAAACAAGAUGAUGAAUCAAAUUUUACAGUUCCAGCUGAUUCGAACUUUGAUUCUACACCAAGUUUACCAGAAUCAUUCACACCGCCGUCCAUGACAUACUCCACAAAAACCAUUGACACAUUGCAAGAACUAUUACUUAAAGGAGACCGUGUUGCUGCUAUAAAUCAUGCGGUGAAUAACAAUUUAUGGACUCAUGCUCUGAUAAUUGCGAGCUGUGUCAAUAAAGAUCAAUGGAAAGAGGUUGUAAACAGUUUUAUAAGACAUGAAUUGGGCUCCCAACUGAAUGAUGCUUCACAAUCUAACGGGAGAGAAUGUUUAAGAGUUUUGUAUUCUUUAUUUGCUGGGAAUGGACCGAAUUCGGUCAAACAAUUUCUUCCUCAUUCAACAUUGCUUAAUCGUGUAACUCAGCCUUCUCCUACAAUCAAAUUUCCACACGUUCCUCCAACAACAAAUGCUGCACAGUUAAAUACUUCUGCCAACUUACAGUAUAGUCCUGCACCUAUGAACCCCUUAUAUUCUUCAGCUACAUGUGAUAUUCCAAUUGAGAGUUUGGAGAAAUGGCGUGAAACUUUAGCGAUUAUUUUAGCAAAUCGAUCGCCAGGUGACAAUCAAGCAAUGUCUGCUUUAGGUGAUAUGCUAAAAGAAUUUGGAUGGAUUAAUGCUGCUCAUUCUGGAAUUGAUGAUGUUAAUUCCCGUUUCACACUCGUGGGCAAUGACUACAUUUGUAAUCAGUCUAGUCGCUUUUUUUGCGAUUGGCAAGCGCUGCGUCUCACUGAAAUUUAUGAGCUUGGACUCUCGUUAAAUAAUAAUGAUGGCUUACCAUUUUUACAAGCAUACAAAUAUUGUGAAUCUAUUGCAAAUAUAGUAAAGGUAUAUACAAAAGGUUCACCGUAUUUUCAUGGCUGUUUCUUACAAAACUUAAAAGACUUAACUCAAAGGCUACUUGAACAUGGCGGAAAUAGUUCUGGAAAUAAUGAGUCAUCGUCCUGGCUAUUCGCCAAAAAAAUGCCUAAAGCAGCUCUUGAUUCUUUAUGGGAUUCACUUGAAGUGAAAUUCAAUAGGUUUGUUGCAGGUGAUGCCGUGGAUGAAAAUGGACAAAAACCAUCAUCAUCAUCAAUAUCUCAAGAGACUGUCGGACCUUUCUCCCACUUUAGUGCCAUUACCCAACAGACUUCCAAUGUCCCGUCUCGUAGUGUGUCAGCAGCUGAGUUUCGAUCGAUCUCUGAUUCAAGCCAUGAAGCACGACGUUCAACUACACCUAAUGCCAGAUUACAAAAACAAUUAAAUGGACAUCAACGAAGAUCGUCAACACCUGGUGUUGGUGUACAAACUACUGAAUACAUGAAUGGUGGAUAUAAUUAUAGUGAAUUUAGCCCUGCAGCUUCAGAUGGACAGAUUUCAAUGUCACCCGUGCCUGAAGACAAAUCAUCCUAUAUUACACCGGCAAUAGAUAAUAGUAAUAGUCAUUUCGGAACCUAUGGUAUACAGGGUACUGGCGGCAAGGAACAACAUAAGGGUGCUGGGGGUUAUAAUAAUUCAAAUUAUAAUAUGUAUCAACAAUCACAACAGAAUGAAAACGGACAUUCAUAUGGUUCUGUUCCAUAUGGUCAACAGUCAACACAAAGUGAAUACAAUUAUCCAUCAUGGUCGGACAAUUCAGGCAUUGACGCAAAUAAGCAACAAAUCAUGUAUCCAUAUUAUCAACCAGUUGGGAAUUCUGAUACGUCUUAUACAAAUGAUUCUGCAUGGUGGAAUAAUCCCAGCCCUUAUACUAAUGACGAUGACUCAAAACGGGACCAAGUAACAACUAAUAAUAAUGAGGAAGGGAAUUUUAUCUCGCCCAUGGACAAUAGUAAUUUAUCAUUCGCACCAACUUCAGCACCAAUCGGCACCUCGGCAGGUCGUAAUAAUGAAUGGGAUAAUAUAGAUGAUGAUUUAGGGUUAGGGAAUAAUACCUUUAAUGCCAAAAAGAAAGAGAAACAAAUAGAUGAUAAUGAUCAUGAAUCGACUGAGAAAGUCACUCAGGAGCCAGAACAGCCGAAAGAAGAGAAAAAAGAAGAAAAGUCUGGAUGGUUUUUUGGUAGGUUUUUCGGAAAGAAAGAAGGCAGUGGUAAAGUUGCUAAUUUGGGAGAAGAAAGUUCGUUUUAUUUCGAUCCUGUUCAAAAAAGAUGGAUCAACAAAAAGGGUGGUACGGAUACACCUACAGCUUCAACUCCUCCUCCACCACAGCCAAUGCGCGCUAAAACUACAUCACCUACGCCAUCUGCGUCAAUGAUGAGUUCAAAUUCAAACUUACAGUCAACUCCACCUCCAAUUACCAAUAGACAAUCGUUGCCACCUAUAAAUACACCAGGUGGAAAUGUUUCAACACCACCACUUAAACAGAGAAGCGUGUCUAGCGCUAGUACGCGGCGUCCUAUUCGGUCGAGAUAUGUAGACAUUAUGAAUCAACCACCACCAUCUCCAAAAUGA